GUUUUUCCGGGUCGCCACUCAUUUUUUUACUUGCGCUGAGUAUUGGCGAGGAGGCUCCACAGACGACGAGAAAGGCGUUUCGCUUCACCGUGGCCUCGGACGUGGAUCUCCUCAAAGAAGUCAUGUUUGUGAGCCCAUACGAUUGCCAGUACGGUCAGAUCGCAAAGCGCUGGGAAGAUGAUGACCCCGAAGAAAGCGACAGCGCGGCAACGCCGUCCAAGAAGGUCAAGAAAGAAGGCCGCGGGGCGAUCAAGGACGUGGCGUCUGUUGUCGUUGACUUUACUUCUAUCAUAGAGUCUUCCAACAAGCUCAAGCAAGACGAGAUUUCUGCGAAGAAGGAGGAAACCGCAGUGGCCCAGCGCCGACAUGAGCUUGAUGAGCAACGGUACCUGCUUGAAAAAGCAGAGCGCGAAGCACGGUUCCAGUUGGAGCGAUCGGAGCGCGAGGUCCAGCUUGAAUUCAUUCGAAGCACCAUCGAAUUAAUGCGCUCUCUCGGAAACAAGAUUUAAGCCAACUCAAUCAAUUCUUGUUUGGCGGGAUCUCCGUCGAUAACGUA